CCAAGUUCCUAAAAAAGAAAGGUGUAAAGUUUGGUCCAGAUAGAGAGUGAAUGAUCAAAGCAAGCCGAUACUUCCUGUCGCCCGACGCUAUAUAUAACGAGAUGAGUGCACGGGCUGCGGAGACGCCGCGGAGCGCUCGCCCAGCCGCCGCCGCCGCCCAGCGCCUGAGGUUUCCCGGGGACCGCAAUGAACCAGCUGCUGUGCUGCGCGCUCGUGUUCCUGGACAUCUCCAUCAAAUGGACCACCCAGGAAACCUUUCCUCCGAAGUACCUUCAUUAUGACCCAGAGACCUCUCGUCAGCUGAUGUGUGACAAAUGUCCUCCUGGCACCUCCCUAAAACAGCACUGCACGGCAAGGCGGAAGACCGUGUGUGCCCCUUGUCCUAACCACUACUACACAGACCGCUGGCACACCAGCGACGAGUGUCUGUACUGCACCCCGGUGUGCAAGGAGCUCCAGUACAUCAAGCAGGAGUGCAAUCGCACCCACAACCGGGUGUGCGAGUGUGAGGAAGGGCGCUACCUGGAGGUCGAGUUCUGCCUAAAGCACAGGAGCUGUCCCCCCGGGUUUGGAGUGCUGCACGCUGGAACCCCGGAGCGAAAUACAGUUUGCAGAAGAUGUCCAGAUGGGUUCUUCUCGAAUGAGACAUCAUCUAAAGCCCCGUGUAGAAAACACACAGACUGCAGUGCAUUUGGUCUCCUUCUAAUUCAGAAAGGAAAUGCAACUCAUGACAAUGUAUGUUCUGCAAACAGUGAACCGACUCAAAAAUGUGGAAUAGAUGUUACCCUAUGUGAGGAGGCAUUCUUCAGGUUUGCCGUUCCUACAAAGUUCACCCCUAACUGGCUCAGCAUCCUGGUUGACAAUUUGCCGGGCACCAGAGUAAAUGCAGAGAGCGUGGAGAAGAUAAAACGGCAACACAGCUCACAAGAACAGACUUUCCAGCUCCUGAAGUUAUGGAAGCAUCAAAACAAAGAUCAAGAUAUGGUCAAGAAGAUCUUCCAAGAUAUCGACCUGUGUGAAAACAGUGUACAGCGGCACAUUGGACACGCAAACCUCACCUUCGAGCAGCUCCGCAGUUUGAUGGAAAGCUUGCCGGGGAAGAAAGUUCCAGCAGAAGACAUCGAGAAGACGUUGAAGGCAUGCAAAUCAAGCGAGCAGAUUCUGAAGCUGCUCAGCCUGUGGAGAAUAAAAAAUGGCGACCAAGACACCCUGAAGGCCUUAAUGCAUGCACUGAAGCACUUGAAAACAUACCACUUCCCCAAAGCUGUCACUCAGAGCCUGAAGAAGACCAUCAGGUUCCUUCAUAGCUUCACCAUGUACAGAUUAUAUCAGAAGCUGUUUUUAGAAAUGAUAGGGAACCAGGUCCAAUCAGUCAAAAUAAGCUGCUUAUAACCGGAAAUGGCCACUGGGCUAUUUCUUCACAAUGGACCAGAUCCAAUGAAUGAGUAAACUGUUUCUCAGGCACUUGAGGGGGAUGCAGUGAUUUCUUUCUCAUCACCAAGGACUAGAUUUGCCCACAAGGCGCAAAAAGAAACAAUGGUGUGGAGAAAGAACGAACAUCUCCCCUAAAAUUUCAAUAAACCCCAAAUAGUUUAUCCAACUGAUAGAUCUGGUCUUGUAUCUACUGACUAUAUUUUCUCUCAUUACUGCUCACAGUAAUUCAACUGGAAAUAAGGAACGAGAUCCAUUGUGCCUUCUAAGUAUGGGAAUGUCUAACUUAAAUAGCUUUGAGAUUUCAGCUGUGCUAGAGGCUUUUAUUAGAAAGCCAUAUUUUUUUUCUGUAAGAGUUACUAAUAUAUCUGUAACACUAUUACAGUAUUUCUAUUUAUAUUCAUUCAGAUAUAAGGUUUGUACAUAUUAUCAUCCUAAAGGGAAGUCGUGUAAGACAAGUUUAGGAAGAAAAAUAUAUAUUCUGUUUAUUAUUUUGACAAAUGAGAGAUAAAAUAUAUUUUUUAAUGGAAAGUUUAUAGCAUCUCUUAAUAGGUACUGCCAUUCUUCCUGUGUGGAGUGUUUUUGUGAUAUACUUUUACUGUAUAAGCUGUAAUAUCAUUUUAUAGAAAACGCAUUAUUUAGUCAAUUGUUUAAUGUUGGAAAGUGUAUGAAAUAUAAAUUAUCUGAAUAUUAGAUGCUCUGAGAAAUUGAAUGUACUUUAUUUAAAAGAUUCUAUGUUUUUACUAUCUAAACAACAUCAUUAAAGUUUUCAAGUUAUUUUUCA